GGAAGGUCCAUGGGAUGUACUUAAAGGAAAGAUGAUGGCGAAUCAGAAAUUUACAAGCUCAUUUGGUGACUCGAUGGGAGAGGACAACACUGAAGAUCUUCAUAUGCCUGUUUCUUCAAAUGAUAUUAUAGGCGAAGAUAGUCAUGUCUUUCACAGCAAUCACGAAUCAAAAUGCUGGGGUAUAAGUAAAAUAAGGAAAAGACCGCACAAAUCUAUAGACAACAAAAGAAGGAAAGUGGAUGAAUGUUUAGAAAGAAAUUUAACAGAUGAAAAUAAUGCCACAGAAAAUACACAGCCCGAAAAUAUAUUAACUCAUAUUAAGGAGGAAUCGGACUCAAGUGAUGAAGGAAAUAGAUCAGACACUGACUUUUAUUCAUCUACAGAACCUCUGCAGUCAGGAAAAUCAGUCUUAUAUGAAGAUAGUAGUUUUACAGAUACUGACUAUAAUGCAGCAGGUUAUACAUCUUCAAAAGACGAAUCAGACCUGUGCGAAGAAGAUACAAUAGAAUCUAGAAUUUCUACACCCACAGAACAUCUCAGCGAUGAGAUUACAUUUCCUAUUGGGAAAAACUUUCCUCAGUUAGAGAAUACAUCCCAGCAAGCAACACAUGCCACAGAAAGAAUGUUUAGGUGCAAAGAGUGUCACCAGUGCUUUACUAAUAACUCAGAUCUUGUUCAGCACCUACAUUUUCACAAAGAGAACAAGUUGACUUGUUCUGACUGUGGUAAACAAUUCACAUAUAAGUCAGAUCUUGUUCUACAUCAGCGAUAUCACACAGGUGAAAAAUUGUUUGUAUGCCCUGAAUGUGGUAAAUGUUUUACUAAGAAUUCUGUUCUCACCAGUCAUCUAAGGAUCCACACAGGGGAGAAGCCAUUCUCAUGUUCUGUAUGUGGUAAAUCAUUUACUGAAAACUCUGGUCUUGUAAAACAUAAACGGAUUCAUACAGGUGAGAGGCCAUUCACAUGCUCUCACUGUGGAAAAAGUUUUAGCAACAGCUCCAACCUAAUAAAACAUCAGAGAAUUCACACAGGGGAGAAGCCAUUUGCAUGCACUUUAUGUGGAAAAAGGUUUCACCAAAAACCACAGCUUGUAUCACAUCAGAGGAUUCACAUUGGACAAAAGUAAUAUACAUGUUAUAAAUGUGAAGCUGUUUUUCCCCGCAAUAGCUCACAUGCUGUUCCAUGACGUGAGAAUCAUGACGAGCAGGGGCAAUCUCUUGAUUGGAAUCUUAGAUGCUAUUUUUGGUUUAGAGUACUUGCUUGGCCUGCA